CUCUUGGAGUGCAGUACUACGAUGUCACUAGAGUCAAUCAAACCUCCAGACUUGAGCCUCUGCUUUAGUCAAUCCUCUUUGGCGUAGAGCAUGUAAAAACUCCAUUCAAUGAUGUUGAUUGUUUAGGACGUGUGGCAUGUAAUCGAUAACCAGAUAAAUUUGCCAUGGCGCCGGGUCAACGUCAGCGACAAGUGUCAAACGUUAAAAAGGAUCAUAAGAAGAACAAUAAUAAAAAUAACAGUAAUAAUAAUGUCAAAAAACCAGUCAAACCAGAAGAAGUUCCGACUGAAAUGCCGCUCAUUUAUCCUGGCGGUGACAUAGCCUUCAAGCUCCUUUUGACAGCUAGAUUUUGCUCAGCUAUUUGGAGUUAUAUCAGUGACUGUGACGAAACAUUUAAUUACUGGGAGCCUAGCCACUACUUAUUAUACGGAAAAGGCCAACAGACAUGGGAAUACAGCCCAGAGUACGCCCUGAGAUCAUACACAUAUCUCCUGAUUCAUAUGGUGCCAGCAAAAUUUUACUCCUACAUUCUAGAACCGAAUCCUGUGCUUGUUUUUUAUUUUGUAAGGUGUUUGCUGUCCGUGGGAUGUGCAUUAUCCGAAGUUUAUUUCUAUCAGAAUGUUUGCAAAGAAUUUGGAGUUCACAUUGCCAGGCUGACCUACGCCUUCCUCAUUACCAGCUCCGGAAUGUUCAUUGCCAGUGCAGCAUAUUUGCCAUCAUCAUUUUCAAUGUAUUUGAGUACAGUUGCCACAGCGGCCUGGUACGGCAGAAAAUACGAAUUGUCAAUUCUCGCAACAGCUAUUUCAACCCUCCUCGGUUGGCCAUUUGUAGCUCUUCUCGGAGUUCCAAUCGUUCUGGAUAUGUUGGCGAGAAAAUACUGGAUACAAUUAAUAAAAUGGAGCGUCCUCUCCGGUACUGUAGUCCUUGCACCGAUGAUCUGGCUCGACUCAAUGUAUUACGGAAAACUAGUGAUUGCCCCAUUGAAUCUCAUUCUCUACAAUGUAUUCACCAGUCAUGGACCUGAUCUCUAUGGGACUGAGCCUUUUACCUUUUACUUUAUCAAUGGAUUUUUGAAUUUUAAUUUCGUAUUUAUUGGAGCAUUGGUAGCUCCUCUGGCAUUGUUCUCAAUUUGGGCAGUAGUUCCUGCGAGACCAAGACAUCGUUAUUGUUUGCCUUACUGGGUAUCAUUAGCUCCUCUGUACCUAUGGAUUGCUGUCAUGUUCAUUCAACCGCACAAAGAGGAACGCUUUCUCUUUCCCAUUUACCCUAUGAUAUGUUUGGGAGGUGCAAUAACAGUAGAUUGUAUUCAGAAGCUGUACUUCUUCGUUAGGACUAAAAUAAAACCCUUUGCAAACGCUUCUCACUAUCUCCAAGGAACAUCGCACAUUACGGUAGGGGCAAUGAUUAUCUGUGGUCUCUUGGGGCUCUCAAGGUCAUUCGCUUUAUUCAAAGGGUAUUACGCACCGAUGGAAAUUUUGACUGAAGCUAAUAAACUUGGAAUUGAUGCACAAGUACCGAAUGAUAUUCACGUUAAUUUUUGCGUGGGGAAGGAAUGGCAUCGGUUUCCAGGAAGUUUUUUCUUUCCAUCUAAUAACUGGGAACUCCAGUAUUUAAAAUCGGAGUUUAGAGGACAACUUCCCCAGCCUUUCUCAUCUCUUGAAAAUGCCACAAGUAUCAUUCAACCUCAUUUCAAUGAUAUGAAUAGAGAAGAGCCGUCACGUUAUUUUGACAUUGAGAAAUGCCAUUUCAUCGUGGAUCUAGAUACCGGAACCGAGACAGAACUGGAGCCUGAUUACUCUCGACAAACAGAUAAUUUUACAAUCGUCAAAUCAUCGGAAUUUCUAAUUCCUGCAAAGUCUCAUCCGUUCUUCCGAGCCUUCUACAUCCCCUUCAUUUCCCCGGACUACUGCCACUUCGGUUCCUAUAAUCUUCUCAGAAGUACCAAAUUUAAACUUCUACCCCAAUCCUCAAAAGCUAAAACCGCCAAAGCCGCAUAAUCUCAUCAAUUAAUCAUUUACAUUAAUUUGUGACUGAAAUCGUGAUUACUGUAUUUAUUCACUAAGUGUAUAAUAAAGACGUAAAUAUUUUUCUACAAAAUACAAAAAUAUCAAGAAAUACGCAAUAAAAAUUACGA